AUGGCUGCGUUGUCUUCCAUGUGCGUUCGGGCUCAGGGUAAGGGUGGGAAAGCCUUCGGUCUGGGCCUUCGGAAGAACAUAUUCAUCCAGAUCUCCGACGAACAUCCAGAUCUGAGUCGGCCUGCUGCAAACGUUGCCAAUGUCUCUGCAUCGGCUGCUUUGUUGGGUCUCGAGGCGUCCAACGCUUACUUCGAAUUGAACGAGCCAAAAUGGGCACCUAGUCCCUCUGUUGAGGUUUCAACUGAUAUCUUGCAAGGCAGUAGCUCCUCAGUUGUGGUUCGUGGUGAUGUCAAUUCAGAUAGUUCAGAAGACUGA